AUGUUUGCUAUCUUGACCAGGACCGGGAUAUCCGAGCUCGCAUAUGGCCCCAUCCGGAGUCUGCAGCUGACAGUGCCCGAGAUCCACGAAGUCGUCGCCAGCAGCGACAAGCAGCGCUUCAGCCUGAAGCCAAAGGCCGUCGCUGGCCAGGGAGACGAGGCGGCCGCCACGGCGGCGUCCUCGUCGUCCACAGCCGCGCCUACCGCAACAGAAACAGCAACAGCAGAGGCAGCACCCAAAUCCACAGACCCGGCCGACUGGCUGAUCCGCGCCAACCAGGGCCACACCAUCAAGCUCGAGUCGGCCGGGCUCCUGCGGCCCAUCACGCUCGACGCCGACAGCAACAGCACCAGCACCACGGGCCCGGCGCCCGUGCCGGCCACCGUGGUGCACGGCACCUACUUUGCCUUUUGGCGCGCCAUCGAGGACGCGGGCGGGCUGCGGCCCAUGAGGCGCAACCACGUGCACUGCGGCACCGGCGUCCCCGGCGACGGUGGUGGGGACGCGGUCAUUAGCGGCAUGCGGCGCGACGCCGAGCUCCUCGUGCACGUCGACGUCGAGGCCUCGCUGCGCGACGGCGCCCUGGCCUGGUGGCUGAGCGACAACGGCGUCGUGCUGACCGAGGGCGACGCCGACGGGCUCGUGCCGGCCCGCUACUUCAGCGAGGUCGUCGGCAGGAACCCGGCGCAGGUGGGCGUGCUGUGGAGGGACGGGCACAAGGUCGCGGACCUGCCGCCGGGUCUCAAGUUCAAGGUUCCGGGGGGCAAGGAGAGGGUCGGAGGGGGCGGCCGGCGGGGAGGGCGCGGCCGUGGGGAACGUGGGGGUGGAGGACGUGGUGGCGGUGGUGGGAGCGGCGCGCAUGGGGAGUGAUGGGGGCUACAGUCGCUUUUAUACUUGUCGUUGCCGUCUCACUCUAAUCAGGCCACACCCAGCUGGCGUCGUCAAGGUUGAUCAGGUCUCCUCUGUUUAAGAAAAGCCGGUUCGAUAUUCAUAGCAUGUAUGAUAUGUAUGUCCCUUGAAGAGGUGAUUACGAUUACAAUAGUGAUGAGAAGUAAGCCCAUGUCCAAGCAUGGGUACCAAUCUAGCCAUAUAGGGAGCAAGGACGAAAAACGGAGCCCCCGAGACCAACCCACCAGAAUAAGAAAUACAACAAACGAUACAAUGCUGUGGAGAAAACAACAGCAAGACAAUCUAUACCCUGCCCCCAAGGGCUACUUCU